CCUCACUCUACUAAGAGGGAGGAUGCCUUGAAAAAGAAGUCCUUUUUGGCACGGAAGUCUGAGCUGCUUCCCAGAUGUUAACGAGGUUACUCUGCCAGUACCGAAGACCAUCUCUGCUCUCUUGCUCCCUUCCCCCCCCAGUGAUCUGAUAAUGGACAACGCACUUUACAAGCCACAGUGCGUGAUGCUGAGAAAACUGGUGCGUCUUCAGCCCGUGUAAUACUCCGAGCUAGAAGCCAGGCAUCCAGGGACACACUCCUGUACAAACCAAGAAGGAGAGCAACAGGAAAAGGACGGAAACAAGAGACAAAUAAAGGGGGGAUGGAGUCGGCAGGAGUGGAGGAUUCUUCAGUCGGAUUCUGCAAGACUCCUGGAUCCACAUCUCCCUUGGGCCAGUCUUCUGAAGGUCCUCCUGAAGCUGGCCCUGAGGAGUCACCUGAAGAAGAGACACCUGAAGAAGAGGAGGAGGUGGUCGGGGAGAGUGAGGAAGAGCGCGGACCUCUGCGAUACCUGGGCUUGGCUGCCGCUUCCUGUUGCGUGUGUGUUGAGCUGGAGCAGGUACGCAACUGUGUACGCUCUGAAAAGAUUUGCAUCUUACCAAUUUUAGCUUGCUUGCUGAGUUUAGCGCUCUGUACUGCUGGUCUCAAGUGGGUCUUUGUGGACAAAAUCUUUGAGUACGAGCCACCUACCCACCUGGAUCCCAAGCGUAUAGGCCAGGACCCCAUCAUUAUUGACGCAGACCCUACACUGGGACUACCUGUAUCAUUUUCACAACCCAACUCACCACCUGCCCUUCUCCCACCAACUACCACUACUACUGCUAACCCUGGACAGCCUGCGGUUUUUGUGGAGGGAGAUUCCACAGCUGGCCCUUUUGCCCCCGCCUCACCCAAAGUGUCCCGCUUUACCCCCACCUCAGCAGUGACUAUCUACACAAGCCCCGCCACUCAGCCCCUCCCCAGCACCACCCCUGAACCUGGCCAGAACAGCACACCUAGUCAACAUCCCGAUCUGGAAUCUAACAACAUUAUCACUAAAACCUCUGCCACCAGCACCACACCCUCGGCCAAGACGUCGAGUCACGUGACCCCCUGCAGUGAAGAGGAGAGAGCCUACUGUGUGAAUGGAGGAGAGUGCUUUACUUUGGAGGUCACGCCCAACAGCAUCAAACGCCUCUGCAGGUGCCCAAAUGACUUUACUGGUGAUCGCUGCCAAACCUACGUAACGCCCAGUUUCUACAAACAUCAUGGGAUUGAAUUUAUGGAAGCUGAGGAGCUGUAUCAGAAACGUGUAUUAACAAUAACAGGCAUCUGCAUUGCUCUCCUAGUCGUGGGCAUCAUGUGUGUGGUGGCCUACUGCAAAACAAAGAAGCAGAGGAAAAAGCUGCAUGAUCGCUUGAGGCAGAGUUUACGAGAGCGCAGUGCCAUGGCCAGCAUGGCCAAUGGUCCGCUGUACCCCCAAAACUCCCACCCACCGCCGGAAAACCUGCAGCUCGUUAAUCAGUAUGCAUUGAAAAAUGCCCUCCCUGCUCAGCAUGUUAUCGAGAAGGAAACAGAAACAUCAUUUUCCAUAAGCCAGUACACAUCGUCCACUCAACCGUCCACUGCAGUGACACACACCUCCAGCCAAUGCUGGAGUAAUGGAAAAAUGGACAGCGUCGUGUCAGACAGCAAUGCUGUCCUAGUAAUGUCACGGGUCCAGAACAGCCGGAAUGGUACACCUACUCAGCGUGGACGUCUAAAUGCCACUGGUGGAGCCCGAGAAGUCGGCCCCUACCUAAAAAAUUCGAGAGAAACAGUGGACUCCUACAAAGACUCUCCCUACAGUGAGAGGUAUGUCUCAACCAUGACAACACCGACCCGCUUGUCGCCUGUGAAACUGCUCUCCCCAGCAACGCCCUCCUCUCCUCCCUCUGAGAUGUCGGCACCUCUCUCUAGUCUAGCAACCUCUGUCCCUUCCAUGGCGACCAGCCCUUCGGGUGAGGAGGAGCGCCCCCUGCUGUUCCUUACACCCCCACGACUCCGUGAGAAGGCAGAGCAGGAGCCCAAGCGGUCCCAGCAGCUCCGUAACUCCGCCCACUAUAACCACGGUCUAGAGUCCCCCAGCCCCCCACCCAGCCCGCUGCACAUUACUGAGGAUGACCAAUAUGAGAGUACACAGGAGUGUAACAGCACACCUGCUGCUGCACCUGCCUCUGACUCUCAGAGCCCUGCAGCCAGCCACGGCUCUAAAAGAACAAAGCCCGCAGCCCAGGCCAGCCAGCCAGAGCAGGAGCCAGCUAGUGGAGGCAGCUCAGAGGGCAACAGCCUUGAGAGUGAGACGGAGGAUGAGCGAGUGGGCGAGGACACACCCUUCCUCAGCAUACAGAACCCUGGGGCCACAAGCACGGUUCCACUUAGCCUAGACGGCUCGGACAGCAGCAGGACUAACCCCGCCCUCCGCCUCUCCCCACAAGACGACCUGCAGACCAGACUAGCCAGCGUGAUGGCCAACCAAAAUCCUAUUGCUGUGUGAAAGUGAACAUACCAAUCAAUGCUUAAAAAAGAAUGAGGAAAAAAAAAAAACUCACAUCAGAUACUAAAAAAUAUACAGAGUCAACACUAAACCUUUAUUUUCUAUAAAUUAAGUAUUUGAGGGAAAUAAGUAAAAACUAUAACUUUUAUUUUAGUGAUGUAGUGAAACAAAGUCUUUUAUAAAUUAAAUGUGUAUAAAAUGUGUUUGCAUCAUGAAAGAAAGUGCCAUUCACUAUGUAGCACUGGUCACAGUAUUUCAAGGGCGGAAAAAAUAUCAAUGGUGCCUUUAAUUUCAGCAUGGAAAACUAAAGGAAACUGCAUUAUUACAAAGGGCCAUAUAUUCAUGCCUUUCAGACAGGAAAAGAUUUUCUGGAACUCCAGUAGAAUCCAGCAUUGACAUAAAUUAUAAUUGGCAUAUGAACAAUAUAAGCCAACUGUUUUGCAAACCAUAGGAAAAUUAUCCUUGAACUAUAGGAAAACUGCUCCUGUGUAUAUUGUCUGCAAUAUUAAAAAUAUAAAUUACAAUCAAUUAUUAUAGUGUUUAUAGUAUAGUUACAGAAGCUAUAAUAGUAUAAUAUUAUGAAUACAAUUAUAAAGACUAUUACGUAAUUAAUUAAUGAUAGUGUUAACAAUAAUAUGAGCAAUAAUGUUCAUAUUAAUGUUAACAGUAUUUUUUUUUUCUCACAGUCACUUUAGGGUGAAAGAUUUAAAAUGAAAAAAAAAAAAUAAAGAUCAUGCUGCAAAGCAAAAUUUAAAAUAACAGUGACACAUGUAAACAAAAUGCCAAUGUGUCCAUUUAAUUAUCCAUGUCAUGUUUGGCUGUUAAAUCAUUUGCUUAUUAUUAUAUUUUUCAUACUGUAUGAAUGACUGAAUAUAUGGCUCACUAUGUCAGUAACACAUCCGUUGGCUUCACAAGUAAUGCAUUGUGGGGAAAGUAUACUUAUGACCUGGACUCCACAUUGUACAGUAAAUACCUUUUUUUUUUUUUAAAAAAAAACAAACAUUUUAGUUAUGUCCAAAACCAAGCAUUUGUCCUUCAAUAUCCAUUUAGAAUGUUACAUGAACUCCAAAGUGUUCCUUGGUGUAAUGUGUUAUUUCCGUUCAGGCCAUACAAAUAUGAAUACUUGUUUAACGGAUUCCAUCACUCAGCUUUUUCUCUGUACCGUAACAGUUACAAGACAAACAAAUCAUGCAAAUGCAGCCAUGUCUCACUGGUCCUCGAAGAAAGACAGGAAUCCAGACACUAAAUUAAUCAAUAUUGAUUCCAUGGUAAAAUGCCUGUGAGCACUCAAGUCGUACAUAAUUGUACUGUAAAUAUUUAGCGUUUUAGUUUUUACAGAUGUACACAGGCAGAUUUUGGUGAAGGAAAGAACUCUUAAGUGAUAUUAAUGCCGCUCAGAUUGUACUGUUGUAGUUUAAUUGGUCUAUAUUUUUUUAAAAGAAAAAUGUCCGUUAAACAAGUCUUUGAGUUUGCAUUGCCUUAUCCAGAUCCUUGUGUAUAUGUACAGAUAAUGUUACUGUUUUCUUGUACAGUAUUUUGUUACAUUCAAAUGAUAUAUUUGGGAGUUGGGCAAAAGAUGCAGAAUGAAAGCUUAUUAAUUUCAGCAGAAUAACACAGAAAAUGCUGUUGGAUCCUGGAAAAUAAAUGUUUAACUAUCUAUUUAGCUUGCUGGACAGAUAAACCAAGAACGCAUUCUUUUAAAAAAAAAGACAGCUUGUUGCUAAGUGAUUAGCUCUGUGGUGAAAAGGCAUUUUUUCUUCAGUUUUCUCACUCUGAUCAAAAAUUCACAUUUUCUGUCAUAAAAAAGUGUGGCCCAUUGAUAUUUUGCAUUUUAUAGUAUUUAUUUUGUCUAUUUAUUAUUUAUUUAUUUAUUUAUUAUUUUGGCCUCCUAUAAUCUAUCUACUACAAUCUAUAUUUUAAUAGUGUCAAAUACAAAUAUUUAAAUAUAUCAAAAACAUCAAAACAUUUAAGAUUUGUUUCACUUUUUCACCAUUCCAUUAUAUUCCUACACGUUGUUUUGUGUGAGGCCUAGUCUAUCAUGCAACAUAAAUAAAUUUACAACUGAUGAA